UACAAAUGAAGUUCCAGUCAACAAUAUGGAAUUAGACAUUUUAGUUGACACAACCACUUCGAACUUUAUCACUAAUACAAGAACAUCAGAUCUAAGUAACAAUAAAGAAGAAACAAACUCUAAUCCUAUGGAUGAAGAUGGUUUAGCCGAAGUAGUUGAUGCUGAGGAAGAUGUCAAAAACAU